AUGUUCGAGAGAGAGCGUGACCGUGAAAGAGCCGCUGCUCGUGCCGGAGGAAAGGGUAAGAAUGGUGACGACGGACUCACUCCGGAGCAACGCCGUGAAAGAGAUGGAAAGGCAUUGCAAGAGAAGCAGGCGAAGAAAGCUGCUCAGGCUGCAGGUGCGAGUUCCGGUGGUGGAGCAGCAGCAGGCAAAGGACCUGCUAAGAAGUGA